GGCACGUCUUAAACGCAUUAUAAUAGUCAUAUAAUUACUUGUAAAGAAUCAAACGGCCAGCACCGUCGAUUGAGUAGAACCACAGUCGGAUCAAAUCACGAUACGGAGAAGAAAGCCACGGAAUUAUCCAGUGACAUAGUGUGGGAAAAAAUGGCUGGGAAACUGGUAUGCAUUGAAGACUACGAGAGAGAAGCUUUGAAGAGAUUGCCGUCGAUCGUGCGUGACUACUACAAAAGUGGUGCUGGAGAAGAAUUUACCCUUAGGUUGAACGUCGACGCAUUUCAAAAGUACCGAAUUAAGCCAAGAGUAUUGGUAAAUGUCGCAAAUCGUGAUAUAAGUACUGUGGUACUGGGACACAAGGUUUCUAUGCCUUUGGGGGUUUCACCAACGGCUAUGCAACGGAUGGCGCAUCCAGACGGAGAAUGCGCAAACGUCAGGGCCGCUGCUGCUGCGGGGACAAUAUUCAUUCUGUCGACUCUAUCGACGAGCAGUAUAGAAGAAGUUGCCGAGGCAGCUCCGAAAGCAGUAAAAUGGUUUCAGCUUUACGUUUACAAAGAUCGGAAUGUCACUGUUAAUCUGGUGCGAAGAGCUGAGGCUGCAGGAUUCAAAGCCCUCGUUCUUACGGUCGACACACCAAUGUUUGGUGAAAGAAGAGCUGAUCGUCGAAACAAAUUUUCUCUCCCUAAUCAUCUAAGACUGGCCAAUUUCGUAGGAAUAAAAUCAGAUAAAAUCAAUUCUGCUGACCAAGAAUCAGGACUAUCUGAGUACAGUUUGAGUCUGUUUGAUGCUUCAUUAUCUUGGGAAGAUGUUGACUGGUUAAGAAGCAUCACCCAUUUGCCAAUUGUGUUGAAAGGUGUGCUCACGGCCGAGGAUGCAAUUCUGGGACUAGAACACGGAGCAAGCGCGAUAUUGGUUUCUAAUCACGGGGCGCGGCAAAUCGACGGAGCUCCAGCAUCGAUCGAGGCGUUGCCGGAAAUUGUAAAAGCUGUGGGAAGCAAAGCCGAGGUGUAUUUGGACGGCGGCGUUAGGCAAGGAAUCGACGUAUUCAAAGCACUCGCACUCGGCGCUAAAAUGGUAUUCGUCGGUCGUCCCAUGUUGUGGGGUCUUACGUGUAACGGCGAAGAAGGGGCGAGUUCCGUACUAGACAUACUUAGAUCAGAAAUCGAUAAGGCCUACGCGCUUUCAGGUUGCGCAAAGACGAGGGAUAUAAAACCAUCCAUGGUUGUUCACGAAUCUGUAUAUAGUCGACUUUAAAAAAAAACUUUACUCAUAUCCCUGCUAUAUCCUUCAAGGUGAACAGUACAAUUAGCUGUGGCCAUGGAUCUAUAUGAAAUUCGUGAGACAAAAGGCGUUUCAAAGAAAUAUACGUAAGUCGAAGGCGUAUCUAGUUUAGUACGUCAUACAACAAGAAGUACUUGAUUUUAUUGAAAUAUAUUAUUAGAAACGAUA